AUGCAAUUGGAUUUCAAGAUUCGCGAACUGAAGAAAAUAAGCUCUCGCAGUGAUAAUCCGACAUAUGAUUUAGCACAAUCGUUGGAUCAAGUCGUCAAAUCGUUGCAGGCCCUGAGCGAUGGCCUCUUGGAAGAAGCGUGCAGCCGUGAUGCGGACCCUAUGGAGGUGGUUCAAGAUAUGACCCGACGCCGACGUCGUGGCGAGAACGGCGACCUCGAGGAUGAUAGUCACAGAAAGCGCAUGAAGGGCGACGACGACGAUUUUUGCGCAUGA